UCAUUUCAACCAUUCUCUGCAUCUUGCUCCUUGACAGUCACCACACGCCCACGGUAACCAGAAGCUACCACCAUGACAAGGGACCAGAAUGGAACCUGGGAGAUGGAGAAGAACGAAAACUUUGACGGCUACAUGAAGGCCCUGGGUAUUGAUUUUGCCACCCGCAAGAUCGCAGUAUGUCUGCAUCAGACAAAGAUCAUCGAUCAAGACGGCGAUAACUUCAAGACGAAAACCAACAGCACAUUCCGCAACUAUAACUUGGAUUUCACUGUUGGCGUGGAGUUUGAUGAGUUCACCAAAGGCUUGGACGACCGGCAUGUUAAGUCGCUGAUCACCUGGGAAGGUGAUGUCCUGGUGUGUGUGCAGAAAGGGGAGAAGGAGAACCGCGGCUGGAGGCAGUGGGUUGAAGGAGACAAGCUACACCUGAAGCUGACAUGCGGUGACCAGGUGUGCCUUCAAGUGUUCAAAAAGAAGUGAUGGCCAUGAGCAGACCUGCAGAGCAUGUGCUCCACACUCCCAGUGAAGAGUUUUUCCUGGCUUUGGGAAGCAGCCACGGGGAACCUGAGUCCUGACAGAGCCCAUUAAGGCAUCUGGAUGGAUUUUAAACUAAAUGAGUGUGUAACAGUGACAAAUGUAUUCUUCCUUCUUUGAAACCUGGCAUUAAAUUAAUUAAAAAGCAAAAAUCAUUCCCCUGCUUUGAAACCUUU